AUGAAACUCCACCAUCUCUUGCUGUCAAUCAUCCUCACCACAUCAACAGCCACAGCUUCAGCCACAGCUUCAGCUAAAGCUGAAAGUGAAGCAGACUACCUCAUCAUCGGCGGCGGCACAACCGGCCUCCUCCUCGCCAACCGCCUCUCCUCGAAUCCCACAACCACCGUCCUGAUCGUCGACCCCGGCAACGACACCCGCACCAACCCCAAUGUCACCAAUCCAACACAAUGGCUCCGCAACGCCCACACAGAGAUAGACUGGGCCUACCCCUCCACCCCGCAGUCUUACGCCCUCAACCGCACCCUCUCCUACACGGCUGGCCGCAUCCUAGGCGGCACGAGCAUGAUCAACGGGAUGACGUACCUGCGCGCUGACAAGCCCGAGAUCGAUGCGUGGGAGGCGCUAGGUGCUAAGGGGUGGAAUUGGGGGAGUCUGUGGCCGUAUUAUUUGCGCACGGAGAAGUUUAGUCCGCCGUUAGCCUGGCAGAUUGAUGCUGGGGCGGAUGAUGUGUCUUCUUUUCAUGGGAAAAGAGGGAGUGUGGAUGUUUGUUUCUCGAUGGAGUUGUCGACGGCGGGAUUCUGGGAGAGGGUGAGGGAUGCGUGGGGGCGUUUAGGGGUGAGAUGGAAUAAAGAUCCGAAUGGGGGGUCGGUUGAAGGGGUUUCGGUGUGGCCGCAGACGAUUGAUUGUCAGGAGGAUGUGAGGUGUAGUUCUGCGAAAGCGUUUUAUUAUCCUGUUGAUGGGAGGGAGAAUCUGAGGGUCGUUCGGGGGACUGUCAGAAGGAUUCUUUGGGCUGACAGUCGAGAAGGAGGGGAUGUGGCGGUGGGAGUGGAAUAUCUGGAUGAGAACGGGCAAAUGCAGACUGCAAUGACCCGCAAAGAAGUGAUACUCUCAGCUGGGGCGCUGCGGACACCUCCCAUCCUCGAAGCAUCCGGUGUUGGCGACAAGGAUCGACUCAGGGGACUCGGGAUUGAGACGCGAAUCGACCUCCCUGGUGUAGGAGAGAACCUGCAAGACCAGCCGAAUGUGCCUCUGCUAUACGCGGGCAAUCUCAACAUCUCAGGGACCUCGCCAUAUGCCACGUUUGUAACGGCAUCACAGCUUUUCGGCGAGGACGUCGAGGAUAUAGCUGCAGCAACACUCUCCUCCAUCCCAACCUGGGCUGAAUCACUCGCCUCAUCAUCCAAGAGCAACCUCAACAGAAGCGCAAUACAGCACAUCCUCAUCCUCCAGCACGCCCUCAUCUUCAAAUCCAACGUCACCAUCGCAGAAAUCCUCACCUCCGCAUCCGGAACAAUCCUCCUUUCGGCCUUUUGGCUCCUCCUCCCUUUCUCCCGGGGCAGCGUGCACCUUUCCUCAACAGACGAAAAAGACAUCAACGCACCCAGCAUCGACCCGAACUUCUUCCAGGUGGACUUUGAUCUACAGACCGAGAUGGCGAUAGGGAAACUCGCGCAGUCAUUCUGGGAACAGGAGUCUGUAAAGAGUCUGAGCCCUGUUCCGAUGCCCGGACGGGGGUUGGAGGGUAAUGCAACAGACCCCCAAUGGACGGCGUUUAUUAAAGAGACUUUUGGGCCGAAUUACCACCCCGUCGGGACGGCGAGUAUGAUGGCUCGAGAGCUGGGGGGCGUCGUCGAUUCAAGGCUCAAGGUCUACGGCACGGAGAAUGUGAGGGUUGUCGAUGCGUCGGUGAUUCCGUUGCAGGUGAGUGGGCAUCUCACGGCGACUUUGUAUGCGAUGGCCGAGCGGGCGGCGGAUAUUAUUUUGAAUGGGAGAUAG